AUGCCCCCCCCCAAGCCGAAGCCGAAGCCGACCCGCCUCACCGCGACGCAGGAGAUCGUCGCCGGGUUCGCCGCCGGCGUCGCGGACGCGGUCGCGUGUCAUCCCGUCGACGUCGUCAAGACGCGCGCGCACGUCAAUCGCGGCGCGAACGCGCCGUUCGUCCGCGAGCUCGCGCGUCAGGCGUCCUCGGGCGGGAUCCGCUCGCUGUAUCGCGGCGUCCUCCCGGCGGCGGCGCGCCCGCAGGCGCUCGUGAUGUACGUCGGGAACGAGCACUCCAAGAGGCUGGUCGUCGGCGAGCGCGGGACGCUGACGACGCCGACCGCUUUCGCCGCGGCGUUCCUCACCGGCGUUCCGGAGUCAAUCUGCGUGACGCCGUUCGAGGCGGUGAAGUGCCGGAUGCAGGCGCGCGAGAACGCGUCGAGGUACGCGCACAGCUGGCAGUGCGCGCGGACGAUGGUCGCGACGGAGGGCGCGGCCUCGCUGUACAGCGGCUUCUACGCGACGAUCGGACGCAACUGCGUCUUCAACGCCUUUUACUUUGGCUCCAUCUUUUUCGCGAAGGAAAAUCUGAUGGAGGCGCCGCGGACCGUCUCCGAGCAAGUCGCGCAGUCGCUCGCGACGGGUCUUCUCGGCGGGCUCGUCGCGACCGCGUUUAAGAUGCCGUUCGACGUCGUCAAGUCGCGGAUGCAGUCGCGAGUGCCGGACGUCAAGACCGGCCGCGCGGAGUACGCCGGAGUGACGGACGCGUUCGCGAAGGCGCGUUCAUAUUUACACCGGUCCCCAUGCGACCGCGUCGGCGGCGCGGUGAACGCCAUCGUUCGAACCGAGGGGUGGCGCGCGUUGUACAAAGGGACGGCGGUGACCGCGCUCCGGAUAUCGUUAGGGUUCCCGGUGUCGUUGGUCGCGUGGGAUCUGACCGUGUGGGGGAUGCGGGCGAUGAACGAGGACACGAUCGCGGCCGCGGCGGAGAAAGCCGGCGCGGCCGUGGAGCCGUGA